GCCAAUAGCGGCCGGGAGGGGGCGGGACCGGCUGGGUCCUCUGCAGCAGCGGCGGGGCUCGCAGGUGUCCGGUCUGGUUGGCACCCCCAGCCUGCCAAGCAUGAAGCUCCUAUGUUUGGUGGCCGUGGUCGGGUGCUUGCUGGUGCCCCCAGCUCAAGCCAACAAGGUGAGGGAGAGCUCUGAAGAUAUCCGUUGCAAAUGCAUCUGUCCACCAUAUAGAAACAUCAGUGGGCACAUUUACAACCAGAAUGUGUCACAGAAGGACUGCAACUGCCUGCACGUGGUGGAGCCCAUGCCAGUGCCCGGCCACGACGUGGAGGCCUACUGUCUGCUGUGCGAGUGCAAGUAUGAGGAACGCAGCACCACCACCAUCAAGGUUACCAUUGUCAUCUACCUGUCAGUGGUGGGGGCCCUCUUGCUCUACAUGGCCUUCCUGAUGCUGGUGGAUCCUCUCAUUCGAAAGCCGGAUGCAUACACCGAGCAGCUGCACAAUGAGGAGGAGAACGAGGAGAUCGGAAGACCGUCUUCGAUCGGCACAAGAUGCUCAGCUAGAUGGGCCGACGAGGUUGGGUCAAGGACCAGAGGCCACGGCCGCCAGCUUCUGGGGCUGGAUGGAGCCAGAUGCCCCCUCCCCCCACUCGGUGCCACCCUUCCCAGGUUUUCUGUUUAGAAGCCUGUGGCCAUUUUCCCUCUCCUCUCUCUUUUUAGGAAAGUCCUAGUCAGCUGAUUGAAUCUGGGAAGAGUGAUGGGGUCCCUGAUCUCUGGUUUGCCUGCUCACAUCUUGGGCUUAAGGGGAGGGGGUGGUGGCCAGAGCAGAGCAGAGACACCUCAGGUGGCCUCAGGAUUGGAACGGUCUGUACCUCCUUACUUCACCCUGGCCACCCUUGCAGCUCCAGAUCUCGGAAUGUUCUUACCCUUCGCAGGAUGGAGCUGGGCCAUCGAGGACUCAGUGUGCGGGAGGAAGGCAGUCAGCAUGUUCUCCUUUCUGCUGUGGUUCUUAUGGCCACCUUCCUCCCAGCUCCAAUACCUCAGUCCCGCUCAGCCUGGUUCCAGCCCUCAGGAUGGUUCUGAUGGGGCAGCUGAUGCCACUGAGCCGCACUGUGUCUUCAGGGCACACCCACCCGCUUGCCCCCACCCCCACUCUCCCGCAUUCUUUCCCCAAGGCAUGGUGGUGCUGAUGCACCUUGCUCACUCUGCCACCUGGGCCCUCGCCCCCACCUCAGGAGGCCGGGCUGUCCCCCCAUCUCCCCAUGUCUGCACUGAGCCAGUUGGUGGGACCACGUGACCAUGGGCUGAGCAGCGGCUCUAAAUGCUAUAGCUCCUGUCCCUGGAUUUCCACUCGUCUCUGAAUUUCAUUGUACCAGUGCAUGGAGAGAAACGUUUGUCCUUCUGUUGUCUGUACAUCAAGGAAGCCAUCAUUAAAUUGUCUUCUUUCUCUCA